AAACCCUAAACCCUAUUCUUCAACCUUAAAUGCUCACUUCUCUCUGUCGCGGGUCGCCGGUAACCAUAUAGAGAGACAUACAUAUCUAUUGGAGAAAGAGGGAGAGAAAGUACCUUCGAGUUCUCUCAGAUACAGUCUGUAAUGGCGUUGUUUAUUCUCUAUGAAGCAGCGUCUGGUUAUACCCUGUUUGAGGCCCAUGGUCUCGAUGAAAUCGGACAGAACACUGAGGCAGUUCGCAACUCCAUAGCUGAUCUCAGCCGAUUCAGUCAAGUAGUGAAGUUUAUAGCUUUUAACCCUUUCGAAUCCGCUCUCGAUGCGCUCAAUCAAUGCAACGCUGUCUCUGAAGGGCAAAUGACUGAUGAGCUGAGGAACUUUUUGGAGAACUCUCUCCCAAAAGUCAAGGAAGGUAAGAAGCCCAAGUUCAGUUUAGGAGUAGCAGAGCCUAAGAUUGGGUCGCAUAUUUAUGAAGUGACUAAGAUCCCUUGCCAAAGCAAUGAAUUUGUUCUUGAGCUUCUUCGUGGUGUACGCUUGCAUUUUUAUAGAUACAUUAAGAACAUGAAGUCUGAUGACCUGGAGAAAGCCCAACUUGGUCUGGGACACAGUUACAGCAGGGCAAAGGUCAAGUUCAAUGUUAACCGCGUUGACAAUAUGGUUAUUCAGGCAAUCUUCCUUCUGGACACUCUGGAUAAAGAUAUUAAUUCAUUCUCCAUGAGAGUUAGAGAGUGGUAUUCUUGGCAUUUCCCCGAAUUGGUGAAGAUCGUCAGUGACAACUAUAUUUAUGCCAAAGUUGCAAAAUAUGUGGAGAACAAGUCAGAGUUAUCUGAAGAAAAAAUACCAGGAUUGACUGACAUACUUGGAGAUGAAGAUAAAGCGAAGGAAAUUUUGGAAGCUGCCAAUGCAUCCAUGGGACAGGAUUUAUCCCCAAUAGACUUGAUUAAUGUCAAGGAGUGUGCUCGGAGGGUAAUGGAUCUCUCUGAGUACAGGAAGAAGCUGUAUGACUAUCUGGUCACAAAGAUGAAUGAUAUUGCUCCCAAUUUGGCUGCAUUGAUUGGUGAAGUAGUUGGAGCUCGGUUGAUUUCUCAUGCUGGUAGUCUAACAAAUCUGGCAAAGUGCCCUUCUUCCACUCUUCAGAUCCUUGGUGCUGAGAAAGCACUAUUCAGGGCAUUGAAAACCCGAGGGAACACUCCAAAAUAUGGACUUAUAUUUCAUUCUUCUUUUAUCGGCCGGGCAUCUGCUCGAAACAAAGGCCGAAUGGCUCGUUAUCUUGCAAACAAGUGCUCUAUCGCAUCUCGCAUCGACUGUUUCUUAGAUAAGAAUACCACUGCUUUUGGAGAGAAACUUCGCGAACAAGUUGAGGAACGGCUCGACUUUUAUGACAAGGGGGUGGCACCACGUAAAAACAUCGAUGUGAUGAAAUCUGCAAUUGAAAAUGUUCAAGACAAAGAUACGGACAUGGAUAUUGAUAAAGCAUCAACUGUGCCUUCUGUGAAGAAAAGCAAGAAAAAGAAAUCCAAAGCUGAAGCUGCAGAAGAUGGUGAAACAAUGGCAGAAGACAAACCUACUGCUGUUACAAAUGGUUCCGCCACUGAGGAACCUACAACCAAAAAGAAGAAAAAAGAGAAACGAAAACUAGAAAAGGAGCUUGAACAGGAGGAUCAGGCUGCAGAGAAUGCAAAUGGUUUGAAUGGGCACGACAUAGAGGAAGCGUCAACUAAGAAGAAGAAAAAGAAGAGUAAGAAGGAUGGAGACGAAGAGGAUGUUCCAGUUGCUAGUGAAGGUAAAAAGAAGAAAAAGAAGAAGUUGAGAAGCGAAAAUGACGAGUAAGAUAUGUAAUAUGUGCAGUAUUUAGUCAAGGUAUAUAUUUAUCUGGCUUUAUGCUUCCAUAUUAAUUUAUCUUUCCUGUUGAGGCAGAAAAUUUUAAUAUUUGUAUGCUUAGGUAUAUGAGCCCUCUGUUUUCCUUUUUCACAAGCUGAAUUGUGAUUUAACUAGGGUUUCCAAGAACUUUGUUGAGUAUUAAUCGUUCAUCGUAGUUUGAUUUGCUUUCAAUAUAUUUAUGUUUUAUUUGGCCUUGCA